GCUGACAGCGCCAAGCGGAGCCGUUACUCAGCGCGUCCCCGGCGUUCGAACGGCGGCGGUCCGGGGGGGCCUGACGGGGCCACAGCCCCUAGCAGGAGCCGGACGCGGCCACGCUACAGAACCAACGUGAGCCGGAGACAGAAUAGAAGAUGAAUAAUCUUUCCUUUAGUGAACUGUGUUGCCUGUUCUGUUGUCCACCAUGCCCAGGGAAAAUUGCUUCCAAACUGGCAUUUUUACCUCCAGAUCCUACUUACACACUGAUGUGUGAUGAAAGUGGUAGUCGCUGGACUCUACAUCUUUCAGAACGAGCAGACUGGCAAUACUCCUCUAGAGAAAAAGAUGCCAUUGAGUGUUUCAUGACUAGAACCAGUAAAGGUAACAGGAUUGCCUGUAUGUUUGUGCGUUGCUCACCUAACGCCAAAUAUACUUUGCUCUUCUCACAUGGAAAUGCCGUUGACCUAGGUCAGAUGAGCAGUUUUUACAUAGGACUGGGUUCACGGAUUAACUGCAACAUAUUCUCAUAUGAUUAUUCUGGAUAUGGCGCAAGUUCUGGGAAACCGACAGAGAAGAACCUGUAUGCUGAUGUUGAUGCUGCUUGGGUGGCUCUUAGGACAAGGUACGGAAUCCGCCCUGAAAAUGUGAUUAUAUACGGCCAAAGUAUAGGAACAGUACCAUCUGUGGAUCUUGCUGCUCGGUAUGAGAGUGCUGCUGUAAUUCUUCAUUCUCCUUUGACCUCGGGAAUGCGAGUAGCCUUUCCUGAUACGAAGAAGACCUACUGCUUUGAUGCAUUCCCAAACAUUGACAAAAUUUCUAAAAUAACAUCACCAGUGUUAAUAAUCCAUGGGACUGAAGAUGAAGUAAUUGACUUUUCGCAUGGUUUAGCAUUAUUUGAGCGUUGCCAGAGACCUGUAGAGCCACUGUGGGUAGAAGGAGCGGGCCAUAAUGAUGUGGAGCUUUAUGGACAGUACCUUGAACGAUUAAAACAGUUUGUAUCACAGGAACUGGUGAAUUUGUAAAGUACUUUAUAUAUUUACAUGCUUUUUCAUUUCACUGCAGAACUGCACACUUUGAUAAAUACUAACAUAAAACCUGAAGGUUUUGUUUUCAAAUCAUGUCAGUUGCCUUCAUAAAUGUACAGGUAAUGAUUUGUGAACAUAAUUAAUGAAGGUUUUAAUACCAGUAUUAUAAACUGGAAUAACAUGAUCAUGCAGUUCAACUUGUGUAGUUCGUAUAGUAUGUGUGAGUUUUUUCUUUUUAGAUGUACAAAAUAUCACAAGGAGUACUGUAUGAAAUUUUAAUUAUGUAAAAUCAGAUGCUGUAAAAGUGUUGCCAAAUGCUUUAGCAUAUCAAACAAAUCUAUAAAUAUUUUUUAAACAUCUCAAAAUGUACUGUGACUUAUUCUGUUACACAGGUGUACAUUAAAAAUCAGACUUCUAAACAGCUGUACUUGUAAAAAUACCAAUAGCCAUGAAAUUUAAGCAAAUAUGUAAUGAAAACAUAAACACUCACUGGAAUUGGCCCAGGCCCUGUUUUAUAGGGAGCAGGUCAAAACAAGUGUUUUUUGCUACAGUGCAUUAUAUCUUAUGUCUUGUGCUUAAUUUGUUGUUUGUUUGUUUUUUAACCUGGAAGGUGAGGUUUAAAUCUGCCUACUCAUCUAUUCCUUAGCUAAAGAGGUUAUUCUGUAAAAUGGAGUCCUAAAAUACCACUGUUAUAACAAAUUUCAUUCACAUGCUCACUACUGAGGUGUAACUAAAUAUUUUAGUGGUUUGUUUGAAACCAGUAAGGUAUUUAGAGCUAGUUUUAAAUGUCAGUUCUGUAGAGAUGCAGUAUAUGGAUGGAAAGAAUUCUGGAAGUUUGUCUAACUUUCUAAUGAACAAAUGAAAGCUUGCAGUUGUCAGUUCAGGUUUACUUUUGGGUGUUUAUUAGUAUGCAACCUUUUGUUUUUUUAUUACUGUAUGAGAAUUUUACUAAUCUGCUCCUGAACAGUGAAGAAAGAGAAUGUUGACACUUUUUUGUAUUAACUCAUAGUGAAAUAAAUUUUGUAAGUUGCCUUUCCCUUGAAUGAGUUUUGCUUGAAUAAAAUUAUGAAAGAUAAUGACAAACUUAAAAUUAGAUGUAGCCUAAUUUGUAAACAUAAUAAUAAUCCAACAAUACACACUGUGCUUCUAAUUUUAAGGCCUUAUGUAGUUUGUUCUUGUUUUUGUGAUUGUCCAAGACUACUGUGUAAUUAAAUGUAUUAUCAAAUAUUGUGAA